AUGACCAAGAGCGAGUUUAUAUACAUAUUUUCACUCAUUUGGGUUCUAUCAAUAUGUUUUUUUUCAGUAAUUAUUUCUUCAAUAGGAAUAUAUUAUGGUUCUACUUCACAAGAAUUGGAUAAUAUUAAAUUUGGACUUAAAAUUGUUGUAUAUAUUCUUUCAUUCAUCUGCCCUUUGUUUGGAAUUUCUUAUACAUUUUAUAUUAAUGAAAUAACUCAAAACCAACAAAUAAUAAUAAAUAUUAUUGGAAUAAUUGGUAUCAUCUGUUGUUUUUGUGCGUCUAUUUAUUGUACAGUUAUUAUGACUGAAAUGUCUAAGACGUGGGCUGAUAUUGAUAAUAAUCAUAUUAUUCAAUACGAAUUUGAAAAUGAGUGUUGUAUCAUUGCAGAAUAUCGGAGUGAUGGAAAUCAUUAUAUAUUCAAGUCAUGUCCUUUACUUUCACCAACAACUGAAAUAAAAAGUACUUGUAAAAAUGAAUUUGAUGGAAAAAUAAUAUGUCCAAUGAAAGACAUAGGAUAUGGGUUUAAUGCAAGAGACAAUUUAUGUAUAGUUCAUUUUGAUUAUACAAUUGUUGUAUUGUCAUUAAUAUCUUUUACCUCAGACAUCAUACUCCUAUUCUUAACUUUACUAUUUUCAGUAUUCAUCAUCAUUUCCCAAUGGAAAAAGCCAUGUCUUACAGAACACAUUACUAAAACGCAAACAACUAGAUAUUUAUCAAAUCAUUCUCAAAUCACUAAACAAGAAUAUGUAGAUGUAUAA